AUGUCCACUGUCCCCAGCGAGGUGUCAGAUAGCCUGCUGGAGGACCUCAUCGCCGCCCACCUGGUACUGCCCAACCGCGUGACUGUGCCUGUGAAGAAGGGGCUGGAUGUGACCAACCUGCUCUUUCCUCUGCCCUGCGGAGUGAUCAGAGUCCACUUGCUGGAAGCAGAGAAGCUGGCUCAGAAGGACAACUUCCUGGGGAUCCGAGGCAAGUCAGACCCCUACGCCAAGGUGAGCAUUGGCCUACAGCAUUUCCGGAGCAGGACCAUCUACAAGAACUUGAACCCCACCUGGAAUGAGGUAUUUGAGUUUAUAGUGUACGAAGUCCCUGGGCAGGACCUGGAGGUGGACCUGUAUGACGAGGAUCCCGACAGGGACGACUUCCUGGGCAGCCUGCAGAUCUGCCUUGGGGAUGUCAUGACGAACAGAGUGGUGGAUGAGUGGUUUGUCCUGAACGACACAACCAGCGGGCGGCUGCACCUGCGGCUGGAGUGGCUCUCACUGAUUGCCAGCCCGGAAGCUCGGACCCAGGACCAUAGUGGCUUUUCAACUGCCAUCCUCGUGGUUUUCUUGGAGAGUGCCUGCAACCUGCCGAGAAACCCCUUUGACUACCUGAAUGGCGAAUAUCGAGCCAAAAAACUCCCUAGGUUUACCAAGAAUAAAGUGAGCAGAGACCCCUCUUCCUAUGUCAAGCUCUCUGUAGGCAAGAAGACACAAACGAGCAAGACUUGUCCCCACACCAAGGACCCUGUGUGGAGCCAGGUGUUCUCCUUCUUUGUGUACGAUGUGGCAGCCGAGGAGCUGCAUCUGAAGGUGCUUGAUGAUGACCAGGAGUGUGCUCUGGGAGUGCUGGAGUUCCCCCUGUGCCAGAUUCUACCCUAUACAGACCUCACCCUGGAGCAGCGCUUUCAGCUGGACCACUCAGGCCUGGACAGCCUCAUCUCCAUGAGGCUAGUGCUUCGGUUCCUGCGUGUGGAAGAACGAGAGAUGGGGAGCCCAUACACAGGACCUGAAGCCCUAAAGAAAGGUCCUCUGUUCGUUAAGAAGGUGGACACCAACCAGGACCCCAAAGCCCCAUCCCAGGGAGGGGGCCCUGAAAAUUUGCCAUGCCCCCCAGACCCUGUUUCUGAUACCAAGGAAGUCUCCAAGAGCACCAUGACAACCACCAGUGCCACUACUGUUGCCACCGAGCCCACACCCCAAGAGACAGGCCCAGAGCCCAAAGGCAAGGACAGUGCCAAAGGGUUCUGUGAGCCCACGGGGAAGAAGAAGAGUGCGGCCACCAUCUUCCUGACUGUCCCAGGCCCACACUCUCCAGGGCCCAUCAAGUCACCCAGACCCAUGAAAUGCCCUGUCUCCCCAUUUGCGUGGCCGCCCAAGAGGCUGGCUCCCAGCAUGUCCUCGCUGAACUCCCUGGCCUCCUCCUGCUUUGACCUGACAGAUAUCAGCCUCAACACUGAAGGCGGGGAUCUCUGGCAGCGGAGGCUGGGUGAGAUUCGGCUCACGGUGCGCUAUGUGUGUCUGCGGCGCUGCCUCAGUGUGCUCAUCAGCGGCUGCAGAAACCUGACACCCUGCACCAGCAGUGGAGCUGAUCCCUAUGUCCGUGUGUACUUGCUACCAGAAAGGAGGUGGGCAAGUCGUAAGAAAACCUCAGUGAAAAGGAAGACCCUGGAACCUCUGUUCGAUGAGACAUUUGAAUUUUUUGUUCCCAUGGAAGAAGUAAAGAAGAGGUCACUAGAUGUCGCAGUGAAAAACAGUAGGCCACUUGGCUCACACAGAAGGAAGGAACUAGGAAAAGUACUGAUCGACUUAUCAAAAGAGGAUCUGAUUAUGGGCUUCUCACAUUGGUAUGAGCUGACUCCAGAUGGACAGCCCCGAAGUUGAUGAGCACCCUUACCAGCUUUAUAUUAAAAUGUGUACAUAUGUAUAUUUUGUAAUUUAAAUCAGAACAGCCAUUUGAAAAUAUAUACAUACAUUUUCGUGUGAAAUUUAAGUGCAUGACUGGAUAAUACUAGGAAGAGGUCAACAUAUGCAAAAGUAAGAACUACUCUCUCAGUUGGAUUUAAUUGUUCAAAUCCAAAAAGAAAUGAGGUAUUCGUGCCUAAUAAAUUAUUAGGAAUCUCA